AUGGAGAAAGAUACCUGCUUCAUCAUCGUCGUCUUACUCUGCAUCUCUGCACUCUUCAAGCCCCUUUUCAAUCUUAUUUUCGUCUCUUCUUCCUCUUCUAUUAACUACUUCAAGGAGCGGAAGAAGAAGAAGCUCCCUCCAGGACCCCCUAGCAUUCCGGUGAUAGGAAACCUCCUAUGGCUGCUGAAGUCAUUCUCCGAGAUCGAACCAAUACUCCGGGACCUCAGGGUCAAGUACGGCCCUCUCAUCACCCUGGAGAUUGGGUCUCGGCCGGCCAUAUUCGUGGCUAGCCACUCAAUCGCUCAUCAAGCCCUCAUCCAGAAUGGCGCCGUUUUCUCUGACCGCCCAAGGGCCCUGGCCACCAGCAAAAUCAUGAGCAGCAACCAGCACAACAUCAGCUCAGCCGCCUACGGCUCCACCUGGCGCCUCCUCCGUCGCAACCUCACCUUUGAGAUCCUCCACCCCUCCCGGGUCAAGUCCUACUCUCCCGCCCGUCGUUGGGUCCUUGGAAUCCUAAUUAAUGGCCUCCUCAAAUCUGCCCAAUCGGAAUCGGUGGUGAGGGUGGUUGACCAUUUCCAGUACGCCAUGUUCUGCCUGUUGGUCCUCAUGUGCUUCGGUGACAAGCUCGAUGAAAAUCAAAUCAAACGUGUUGAGACCGUACAACGCCGUUUGCUUUUGAGUUUCAACCGAUUUAACAUUCUCAACUUCUGGCCGAAACUGGGAAAGAUUUUGUUUCGCAAACGAUGGAAAGAGCUCUUGCAGCUGCGCCAGAACCAGGAGGACAUAUUGAUCCCUCUUAUCAAAUCUCGAAUAAGAGCAAAACAAGAGCAACAUAGCGAAGAGAAUGAGGGAAGUAAGGCUGAUGGUGAUGAGCAAGUGGAGGGCAUGGUGGCGUACGUGGACACUCUGGUAAAUCUGCAGCUGCCGGAAGAGAAGAGGAAGCUCAACGACGGGGAGAUGGUGAGCCUGUGCAGUGAGUUUCUAAGUGCCGGCACUGACACCACGUCAACUGCUUUGCAGUGGAUCAUGGCCAAUUUGGUGAAAUACCCUCACGUUCAGGCCAAGCUCUACGGAGAGAUCUCCAGCGUUGUGGGAUCACCGCCAGCCCCACCAUCCUCCAAAAAAGGGGAGGGAAAGGGAGAAGAGACGAUGAGAACCGUGGAGGAGGAGGAUCUGCAGAGGAUGCCAUACCUGAAAGCGGUGGUGUUGGAAGAAGCCGACAAGAAGAUGCCUGCACCCCAACAGGACAUUAAGGUUUCAACUAUUAUCCCCGAAAAUUCUAACAUAGCUGUGAUGAAUCUUGGUAUAAUUAUUACGUAUAACAAGUAUGAGUGCCUUAUUGGGGAUGGUGGUAAUCUGGUGGUGGAUAUCAAUCUUGCACCUUCCAAGGUCCCACCUACCUGUGGAAAAUUCAAUAGGUACUGA